AUGCUACCCUACCUGUUCCCCGACCUUUCCUCGUUCACCACUGCUGAGGACCUCAUUUCCCACCUGCGCGCUACUGACACUCGCUUUCGUGCCGCCCUUCCAGCCGAGUUCUGCGCCGCAAACCCCCCCCCGAUGUACUUCACUCUCUAUUUCCUCGUCACCCGCCUCCCUGACACUCUUAGCUCCGUCAGGGACCACUUCCUAGCGCUAGACCCCACCACUCUCACUGUCGACGACUUCGAGAAGCACCUCCUCGCAGCAGAGAAGAACAUCCUCGCUGUAGGUGCUCCUCGUGGCACUCCUCGCUCUCCUCUCUUUGAGGGGUGCUCCCCCUCCCCUCUCACCCCCUCCUACACCUCCGCAGCUGCUGCUCACGACUACCUUGGUGUUGAGGAGGUCGGGGCUGCUUCCGCUCCUACUGGGAAGCGUCGCAGCGGCAGGGGCGGCAAGGGUGGCAGGGGAGGUGGGGGUGGCGGUGGAGGUGGCGGUGGUGCAGGCGGCGGGGGAGGUGGAGGUGGUGGAGGCGGUCGUGGGGGUGGAGGUGGUGGAGGUGGUGGUGGGGGCAGCGGAGGCACUGGGAGCGGUGGAGGUGGCAGCAGCGGCGGUGGGGGAGGAGGGAGCGGUGGUGGCAGUGGUGGUCAGGGCCAGCAGCAGUCGCAGCAGCAGCAGCAGCAGCAGCAGCAGCAGCGUCAGCGCCAGACCCCCACUUCCCAGCAGCUUCUUGACUGGUAG